GCCAAAAGGCCAAAAGUUGCAAAGUUGUAUCUCCAAACAAUAGUUCAAAAAGAUUAAUAUUUUCUAGUUUGUGUAUCACUAAAUUCAUUUAAGUUAGAAAGAAAUAUGGAAGAUGGUGAUUUCGAUCAACGUUUGAGGGAUUUGCAGCGGGAGUACCUUGAAUUUUUGGACGAUGAAGAAGAUCAAGGUGUUUACAUGGAGAAAGUAAAACUAAUGAUAGGGGAACAAAGCAGACGACUCAUUGUAAAUAUAAAUGACCUUAGAAGAAAAAAUCCUGAGAGAGCAAAAAAUUUGUUGGAAACUGCCUUUGAAGAGCAGAUCGCGUUCCAGAAAGCAUUAAAAGAAUACGUAUCAUCUAUAGACCCUACUUAUGCUAAGGAGCAAGAGGAGUUUUUUGUUGCUUUCUCAGGAAGCUUUGGUACAAAGCAUGUUACACCAAGAAGCUUGACAUCAAGGUACUUGGGCAACCUGAUAUGUGUGGAGGGCAUUGUAACGAGGGUGUCCCUUGUGAGGCCUAAGGUGGUACGCAGUGUGCACUACUGUCCAACCACCAAGAAAGUUAUGGAAAGAAAGUACACUGACUUGACAUCCUUUGAGGCUUUUCCUACUACAGCUCUUUACCCUACAAAGGAUGACGACGGCAACCCCCUGGAGACGGAGUACGGCCUGUCGCGGUACAAGGACCACCAGACGCUGACGCUCCAGGAGAUGCCGGAGCGCGCGCCAGCGGGGCAGUUGCCGCGAAGCGUGGACGUGGUGUGCGACGACGACCUGGUGGACGCGUGCAAGCCGGGCGACCGCGUGCAGGUGGUGGGCAACUACCGCUGUCUGCCCAACAAGCAGGGCAGCUUCACCGCCGGCACCUUCAGAACAAUCCUCAUAGCAAACAACGUAACGCAGAUCAACAAGGAAAUGAACUUGAACAUCACAAGAGAGGAUAUCAAACUAUGCAAAAACUUGGCAAAACGGACCACAAUGGAUAUGUUUGAACUGCUCAGUAAAUCAUUGGCGCCGUCCAUACAUGGUCACGAUUACAUAAAGAAGGCAAUUCUCUGCCUACUACUGGGUGGGAUGGAGAAGAUACUGCCCAAUGGCACAAGACUCAGAGGUGACAUCAACAUUCUCCUGAUCGGCGACCCGUCGGUGGCCAAGUCGCAACUGCUGCGCUACGUGCUGAUGACGGCGCCGCGAGCCAUCACCACCACGGGCCGCGGCUCGUCCGGCGUGGGGCUGACAGCCGCCGUCACCACCGACCCCGACACCGGCGACCGCAGGCUGGAGGCGGGCGCCAUGGUGCUGGCGGACCGCGGCGUGGUGUGCAUCGACGAGUUCGACAAGAUGUCGGACAUCGACCGCACCGCCAUCCACGAGGUCAUGGAGCAGGGCCGCGUCACCAUCGCCAAGGCGGGCGUGCACGCGUCGCUCAACGCGCGCUGCGCCGUGUUGGCGGCCGCCAACCCCGUGUACGGCCGGUACGACCAGUACAAAACCCCGAUGGAGAACAUCGGGCUACAAGAUUCGCUGCUCUCGCGUUUCGACCUUCUGUUCGUGAUGCUGGACAUCGCGGACGCCGACCAUGACAACCUCAUCUCGGAGCACGUCCUGCGGAUGCACAGAUACAGAAAUCCAAAAGAGCAAGACGGAGAAGUUCUUCCGAUGGGCUCAUUAGUGGAAAUGCUCUCAACCGAGAACCCGGACAAUGAUGAAGUAGAGGACACAAACGAGUCGAUAUACGAGAAGUACGACCCGCUCCUGCACGGCAAAUCCCGCAGCAAGAAGGACCAGAUCCUGUCCACGAAGUUCAUGAGGAAGUACAUACACAUCGCGCGCCUGAUGAAGCCCAAGCUGACCCAGGAGGCCUGCGACACCAUCGCCGACGAAUACUCCAAGCUCCGGAACCAGGAUAUGAUGGACAGCGAUGUGGCCAGGACGCAGCCGGUGACGGCGCGAACGCUUGAGACGCUGAUCCGCUUGGCGAGCGCGCACGCCAAGUGCCGGCUCAGCUUCCAAGUCACACAGGACGACGCGCUGGCCGCCAUCGAGCUGGUGCACUACGCGUACUUCAAGAAGGUGCUGUUGAAAGAGAAGCGCCGCAAACGACGCGCAUCCUCGGGCGACGAGGCCAACGGGUCUGAAGCGGAACAGCCCUCGCAGCCCAGGCCUAAGAAAACCAGGCGAACGGAGGGUCAGAGGCAGGACCCUUACGAGUUCUCAUCGGACGAGGAGACGGAGCCGGUACUGAGAGCGGCGCAUUCCUCACAGCCGGAGCCCUCGCAAAGGACCACCAGGUCAACACAGAAAACCAUUGACCCCAAUCGACUGGCGCAGUUCAAAUCGACCCUGCAACAGAUGUUCCGCGAGCAGCGUGUCAACAACCUGCCCCUGGAUCGCAUCACCGCGAGCCUAAACGAGAAGUUCUGCCACGAGGUGUUCUCCGCAGACGAGGUCGACGCGGCCUUGCAGCGCAUGACGGCGGACAACCAGGUCAUGAUGGCGGACGACAUGGUUUUCCUUAUAUAGUUCGUUUAAAUGCAAAAUACCACCACCGCACUGCGACCCUCGCAUUCGUCACAGGGUGUUUUACCGCAUAGAAACUUUACUGAUGUGCUCUGAUACAUAACGCAUAAUUUAACGGCAACAGCUGCUCAUCACAAUUAUUGGUUGUAUGCAAUUAAAAGAUAUAAAGUCCGCAAUCUGUCACUGGUGUUUGCUACAGGGUGCACUUGUGCACCGCAUUGAAACGAAGCUGAAAUGUGAAACGCUGCGAAUAAUUUCUGUUGCUACCCGAUUUAGAUUAUUUUAUAUAGCGUCAUACAAAAAGCUAAAUUGCAGCGACAGUUUCAUAGUCACCGCAAAUUUUAUAUGGAGGGUUCAUUCGCUUUUAAGAAAAUAGUGCGUUAUCAUUGUUGUGUUGUAAUAUAUUUAAAAAAAAAAGUAUUAUCUUACAAAAAAGAAU